AGGAUGAACCGUCUGAUGAUUGAGAACAUGAAANAGUACACAGACAUGUCCGACAAAGAGGUUGACGAGUUCGCAUACUUCGUUGUAGCAAUGGAGUAUUUCAAACUACCAGACCACCGUGGUGGUGUCAUUGACCCAAGCACAUCACACUAUCGUUCUGAUGGUAGCGAACAUACGUUCGCAGACGUCUCUCGCUAUGUUCUGGUACGAGAAAUCGAANAACAAGUUGCAAAGCAACCCGAAGACCGCCGGACAGAAAUGUACAAGAAAAUCGUGGAAGAUGUAUAUCUUGUGAAGAAGAACCCGGACUGGGAAAGGGAAGCUAUCAAUCCCAAUAAGGAUCCUGUUACGCCUUUCUCGACUUCCAAAGCUGAAGAGGCCAAGUCUAACCAGCAGCUUGUCGAUGACCUAGCAUCAGCAAUCGGUAUGAGCGACAGAACAGAAGGCAUGGUACAGGCAAAUAUCAUAUACGGCGAUGCAUUAGGCGACGACAAGCGGCCUGCCUCCGUUAUGUAUGGUGGACCUGAGGGAGGCAAAGUAUUCGGUGGCCGCUUAGGACGCGAUCAUAAGCUCACAGAUGUACCCAACCACUUCGUCCGCGACACCAUCAUGGACUACAUCAGUUCAGAAUUGGAAGAAAACAAGAAACAGGACGCCCGUACAGCAGUAUUUUUCGACCUCAGCCCAUCAGAGAUAGCAGCAUAUUCCGCCUUCAUAUCCGCAUCAAAAGAGGAAGAACGCCACAAAGAAACAGAAGAAGAAGAGCGUCUCGAGAAAAUAAUGACUACUCACAAGCCAAAGCCAAAGUCCAUACUCGAAGCCCAGAACAUCAUGCAACAAGAGGAAUUGCUCAACAGUAUUCCUGACGACGAUCUCGAUCUGACUCAACGAGGGAACCAUGGACAUUUCGACACCGAUUUCGAAGGCGUCUUCAAAUCCGUUGUGAAACCAGGGGCAACGAAUUCUCCCUAUGAAGAAGAGACAAGAUGUCCACUGGCCAUAGACCUCGACUGCGAUCAGAUUCGCGCAUGUAUAAAGCGCUUCACUCGCAAUGGUAUCUGGUCGAUUGAUCAAUUCAGACUGGCCUUAGGCCAAAUCGCGAGGCCAGACCUGACAAAGUUCCUGGAGAAAAGAGGUGCAGGUGAGGGUAAGACCUUGAGGGUACGUGCACUGUGUUGGCAGUUCUUCAAGCACAGAGAGGUGUUGGGUCUAGACAUGACCAAAAGCUCCGAGGAUGAUAUUAAACAGAUCAAAGAAAAGGGCAAGAAGCGCGCGUCUGGUGAUGAUGAUCAGACUUCAGGAAAGAAAGCGAAGCCAUCAACUGCUGAAUGGCUGGAUGCGGCUCGACUCUUAGCCAUGGGAGUGCAAAAAUCUCCAUCUGUUAACGGCAAUUCGACACCUGGAGAAACAGCGAUACCAGUUGAUCUGACGGACGAUUGA